AUGUCGCCGGAACAGGAGGCAGUGAAGCUAAGAAGUUUUCAGCGUGGCAAAAGGACAUUCAAAAGAGAUGAUCAUCAGAAAACUGAAGCGAUGAAGCAAAGCCACGACAUCAAUCUUCGAAAGGAAGACAAUCAAAUCGAAAGAUUGAAGAAAUUGGCCGAAAACGAAGGUCAAACAUCGGCAGAAGAGUCAAUUGAUGUGACGCUUCGAGUCAAUGGGCCCGCUUCGGAACUUGACAGGACCGCAAACGAUUCAAAAUCGGAAACAGAGAGGAGUAAAGAGAAGGCCGGCAGAGGAACUCGGAUAUGUGGAGACAAACGUGACACGGGCAGAGCAAGUCACCAGGAGAAACACGCAGAAACGACACAUGAUCUACAGAGUCCGUCGAGCAUUCUCAAGAGAGCUGGCAACGGAUCUCACUAUAAGUCGAAUUGGAAUAGCUACGUAAGCCAAGGAACGAUGGACUACUGUCGGCAGAGCUAUCAGUAG